AUGGCUGCCUCUCUGAUCGUCCCUCGUGGAGCAGACAGAGCUGAGAGCAAGCACGUCGUCGUCAUGAAGACGGAAGCGGUUGCUCAAGCCGUCGCGAGCACAGUUGCGAGAAUUGUUUCUACUACUGACUACACUUACUCCAACCUUUUCAACGGCUUCUCAGCUAGCCUUACCAAAUCCGAGCUGAAGGAUCUACUCAACGACCCCAACGUCGAUUUCAUCGAGAAAGAUCAUACAACUUACACCUAUGACGAAAGUGCCGGUCAAGGCACAUGCACUUAUGUUCUCGACACAGGCAUUGAGGUCGACCACCCUGAAUUCGAGGGCCGCGCCAGAUUCGUGCAGAACUUUGUUGAUAACGCUGACUUGGAUGCUAAUGGUCAUGGGACUCAUAUUGCGGGCUCCAUUGGGUCUAAAACGUAUGGUGUCGCAAAGAAGACGCAGCUCUUCGCCGUCAAGGUCCUAAAUGAGUAUACAGCGGGUCAGACAUCGGGAAUUCUCGCGGGCAUGGAUUUCAUUAUUGAGAAUGCUGCUACCCGAAAGUGUUCCAAGGGCAUUGUGAUCAAUAUGCCGUUGAGUGUUGCUUCUUCACCUGCCAUCAACGCAACUGCGCUAUAUCGCAUCAAGGAUAUCAAGGCAUCAGAAUUAUGCAACCUUAUUGCAACCAUGUCUCUGAAAGACGUCAUCAAGGGCAUUCCUGAAAACACGGUCAACGUGUUAAUCCAGAACGGCGAAGCGAAGUAA